UGGUAAGAACAAUUAUAUAAAUAUCUACAUGUAAAAUAUUUUUUAUCAUUAAAAAUGGUAUUCCCUCUUAAUAGUUAAAAUAGUAUUUAUUUAAGGGAAAAAGGAAAAGAGUUAAUGGGAUUAAAAACAACAAACAAGAGGAUAAGAACCGUAGAGAAGAGAGAGUGUGCAUGUUUUUCGUUUUCAUGAUCUGAAAAAACAGAACACAACUCAACACUUCUCUUCUGUUCUGUUCUGCUGUCUUGUUUUUUUUUUGUUUUUUUUUUUAAACAAAAAUCUCUUCUUUUUUCACUUCUUUUAUCUAAGAAAACAGCAGCCCUCUUUGGUUUUGGUAUGAAUUUAAUUCCCUGCAUGUGUUUUAUGGGUGGUGAUGUUUGCUGUUGUUGUUGUUAAUCAAAGAUGAGAAGUGUCAAUAAUAGCAGCAUCGAAACCGUUAACGCCGCUGCUACCGCCAUCGUCUCCGCCGAGUCUCGUGUCCAGCCAUCCUCUUCUUCUGUUCAAAAAAGAAGGUGGGGAGGCUGCUGGAGUCUCUACUGGUGUUUUGGUUCUCACGGUUCUCACAAGAAUAGCAAGCGAAUUGGUCAUGCUGUCCUUGUUCCUGAACCAGAAGUACCAGGAGCAGUAUCCUCUUCAACUGAAAAUCAGACUCAGUCAACUCCCAUUCUGCUGCCCUUUAUUGCUCCUCCCUCUUCUCCUGCUUCUUUCCUCCAGUCUGAUCCCCCUUCCUCCACUCAAUCACCAGCAGGAUUGCUCUCUCUCACGUCCCUCUCGGCGAAUGCUUAUUCCCCACGCGGACCUGCAUCCAUUUUUGCCAUAGGCCCUUAUGCACAUGAAACCCAGCUAGUCACACCACCUGUGUUUUCUGCUUUCACCACUGAGCCAUCCACUGCUCCAUUCACUCCCCCUCCGGAGUCUGUUCAACUUACUACACCUUCAUCUCCUGAAGUGCCAUUUGCUCAACUCUUGACGUCCUCUCUGGAACGUGCUCGAAGAAAUAGUGGCCCCAAUCAAAAGUUUUCGUUAUCUCACUAUGAAUUUCAGUCAUAUCAUCUGUACCCAGGAAGCCCAGGUGGUCAAAUCAUCUCACCAGGAUCAGCAAUCUCGAAUUCAGGUACCUCUUCUCCGUUCCCCGAUAGACAUCCUAUGCUUGAGUUCCGAAUGGGUGAGGCUCCCAAGCUCCUGGGCUUCGAACAUUUUAGUACUCGUAAAUGGGGUUCAAGAUUGGGUUCUGGAUCUUUGACACCGGAUGGUUUGGGGCUAGGUUCGAGGCUUGGUUCUGGUACAGCGACUCCAGAUGGCAUGGGAUUAUCCAGGCUCGGUUCCGGUACGGUGACCCCAGAUGGCAUGGGGCUAUCGAGGCUCUGUUCUGGAACUGCCACUCCAGAUGGUGCGGGCCUGCGUUCAAGGCUUGGCUCAGGAACUUUGACCCCUGAUUGCUUCGUGCCUGCCUCGCAAAUUGGUUUCCUUUUGGAGAACCAAAUUUCUGAGGUUGCAUCACUUACCAACUCAGAAAAUGGAUCAAAAACCGAAGAAAAUGUGGUUCACCACAGAGUCUCCUUUGAGUUGAGCGGUGAAGAGGUUGCGCGUUGUCUUGAAAUUAAGUCAGUGGCAUCCACUAGAACUUUCCCAGAGUAUCCACAGGACACCAUGCCCGAAGACCCAGUGAGAGGUGAUAGGUUAGCAAUGAAUGGUGAACGUUGCUUACAAAACGGGGAAGCUUCCAGUGAAAUGCCUGAGAAAAAUUCAGAAGAAACAGAAGAGGAUCACGUCUAUAGAAAGCAUCGAUCCAUCACUCUUGGGUCAAUAAAAGAGUUUAACUUUGAUAACUCUAAAGGAGAAGUCUCUGAUAAGCCUGCUAUCAGCUCUGAGUGGUGGGCAAAUGAAACGAUUGCUGGGAAGGAAGCUAGACCUGCCAACAGCUGGACUUUCUUUCCUCUGCUACAGCCAGAGGUCAGCUGACAUUACAAUCAUGAAAAAAAGACCUCUCUUCCAUAUUUGGACAGUGAAGCAAAUAUGUUGUAUUGAAAGCUAGCCUGUGAGAUGCAAGUCCAAAGCCAGCACUGUUUUGGAAACUCUGAUUACCAUAGUCUGCAAUCACAUGAUUGAAGGAUAGAUUUCACAGUACUAUUUUCUCAAGUGACCAAAAGCACAAAUUCUUAGAGGAAGUAGUUUGUAGGGAUCCUUGGUGUGGGCACUGAUAGAUCAUUCUUUUUUUUAUCUUUUCCUUAUUUUAGUUACACAAAAAUAGCAUUUGCAUAUAGGUAUUGUACUCUGGAUAUUUUUUUUCUUUCCUUUUUCCUUUUCAUGUGUAAUAAUAAGAGAAUUUGGUUUCCUUC